GCAUGCUGUUGACUUGCUGCACGUGUGUUGUUGUGUUUCAUUUCUCGACAUAAUUUUUCUCUUCAAAAUACUGUUUAUUAAAUUGCAAAGAACGUUUAUUUAUGUGGAUCCUGAAGUGAAAUUUGAGCAGAACAUCGAGUCUUCCUAGCACGUGUUUCUAAAACUGUGUGAAAAUGAUCGUUUCGGACCUAAACAAUGUGAAAAUUUACAAUCUCAGCGCCGGAAAGUCGCUUCCAGAGUGGCUUGCUGAAAGAAAAAAGUCAAAAUCGUCUUGGAAAAAGAGCACAGAGUACCAACGUCAGAUUGAGCUCAUCCAGGAGUUUGACAUGCCUGCUGUGAGCACAACAGUAAAAAUGUCUCCAGAUGCCCAGUUCAUUCUUGCCACCGGCAUCUACAAGCCAAGAGUAAAAUGCUUUGAUGUCAACAACCUGGCUCUGAAGUUCGAAAGGUGCUUCGACUCCGAGGCUAUUACGUUUGAAAUUUUAUCAGAUGACUACAGCAAAAUAGCAUUUCUGCAAUGUGACAGGUACAUCGAGUUUCACGCAGGCUUCGGAAGAUACUUUAGGCUGCGAGUACCAAAAUUCGGACGUGACAUGACCUAUCACACUCCAUCCUGUGAUCUUUAUGUUUGUGGCUCAGGAUCUGAUAUCUACAGACUGAACUUAGAGAGAGGCCAGUUUAUGACGCCUCUUGUAUCAGAUGCCACGGAGUUCAAUUGUGGUGCUACAAACUCUCAGCACCACUUGAUGAUGUUUGGGAGCAAAGAGGGUAAAGUUGAAGCAUGGGACCCUAGGAGUAGGACCAACGCAAUGAAGCUCGACUGCGCUUUUAGUUGUGCUGAAAAAAUGAAUGAUCCAGAAGCUCAAUUUCCAUCAGUCACGGCAUUGAAGUUCAAGGACGGUCUCCACUUUGGGGUCGGCACUGCGUCAGGCCAAGUUUUACUUUACGAUCUCCGUUCGUCAAGACCUCUUCUGAUAAAAGACCACAUGUACGGUUUGCCGAUCAAAUGCCUUGAGUUUCAUGCUGAACAGAAUAUGGCUCUGUCGUUGGAUUCCUCAGUUCUCAAAAUUUGGAAUUGCGAUAAUGGAAAUCUCUUUACUUCAAUUGAGCCUGGUGUUGAGCUGAACCAAUUCUCUGUAAUUCCAAAGUCGGGAAUGAUGUUCAUAGCAAAUGAGAAUCCAAAAAUCCUCACCUAUUACAUUCCAUCUUUGGGCCCCGCUCCACGAUGGUGUGGCUUUUUGGAUCGCCUUACAGAGGAAUUGGAAGAAAGCAACCAUCACAAUAUUUAUGACGACUACAAAUUCAUCACUUCAAAGGAAGCUGAGGAUCUGGGCUUCUCGAACUUGAUUGGCACCAAUUUAAUGAGGGCUUACAUGCAUGGGUACUUCAUUGAUAACAGGCUGUACAGGAAAGCCAAGGCGCUUGUUGAGCCAUUUGCCUUCCAAGAGUAUAGGCGCAAGAAAAUUAAAGAGAAGAUUGAAGAGACCAGAGCGAACAGGGUUAAAAUGCCUCAAAAACUGCCUCAAAUCAAUAAGGAUCUGGCUAUAAAACUAUUGGAGCAAGGCGAGAGUGAAGGAAAGAAGAAAAAGAAACAAGCUGGUCCUUCACUUCUGGGUGACGACAGAUUCAAAGCCCUCUUUGAAAAUGCUGAUUACGAAGUUGACACAACAGCUGAGGCUUUCAGACUGAUUAAUCCAGUGGUUUCCAAGUUAGACAAUAAGAAGGCAAAGAAGAAAGUCCAGGCAGCUGAUAGUGAGGAAGAAGACAUCGAGUCGGAUGAUGAUGGCCGAGAGGAAUCUAGUUCGGAUGAUGAGCACACAUGGACAAAGGAAGUGAAGAAGCAACACAAGCUUAUUAAGAGAGAGCGUUUGCAAAGAGCAAGAGAAGAGGAGAUGAAGAAACCUUCCACUUCUCAACCGAAGAUGUACGAACUGAGGGCCGGAGAAGAGUUCAAGUGGAUCAACAAAGAAGAUAGGAAGAGGAAAAAGGCUUCUCUUGGGGAGCGGCUGAAAGGUGAAGAAUCAAACGAAGUUUUCAAGUCGUUUGGCAGCUCUCGAGAAAUGAGUUUCAGCACAAGAACAAGAAAGGUUGAUAGAGAAUUGAAAGCCAAGCAGAGGCUGAAAAAUCAUCACGAAGAAAGAAGAAAAUUGCAAAGGUCUGUAAGAGGCCUAAGAUUAAAACCUAUCCCUGGUAUGUCUGGACCUGGACAAAGGAGGCCUCGAAAAUAAAUCGCACCGUUGAUUUUUUUAA